AUGUUUAAGAUCAAGAGGUUACUUUUAUUAUUGGUAAUUAUUACCACUACAGUAUUGUAUAAAGGGUUUUCUAGAGUUAAGAAUCAUCAAUCUCCAGUAGUUAUUGUUGGAUCUGGUUUAGCCGGGUUGACUACUGCAUAUCAACUGGUUAGUUCUCAUAAUAUACCAGUCAUAAUCUUAGAGAAAAGUAAUUCAUUAGGUGGAAAUUCCAUUAAAGCUUCUAGUGGUAUCAAUGGGGCUAACACUUUUACUCAAAAGUCUGAAGACAUUGAUGAUACUCCGGAAUUAUUUCUAAAAGAUACCAUCAAAUCUGCUAAGGGUAGAGGUAUAAAUUCAUUAAUGAAAGUUUUAACUUCAGAAUCAGCAGGAGCAAUUGAAUGGUUACGUAAGGAAUUUGACCUUAAACUAGACUUGUUGGCACAACUUGGCGGCCACUCUGUUCCUAGAACACAUAGAUCAUCAGGAAAAUUACCUCCUGGAUUCGAAAUUGUUAGUGCAUUGACCAAGAAAUUGAAAGCUAUUGCUGAAUCAGACCCAAAUAGGGUUAAAUUUUUACUAAAUAGUAAAGUCAUUGAUGUUGAAACAAGUUAUUUUAAAGGUGUAACUGGGAUAACAUAUCUAGAUGAUGGAAAUAAUAAACAAAUAAUUCCUACAGAGAAUGUAGUCUUCUGUACUGGUGGAUUUGGUUACUCUGAUUCUUUGAUUCAAAAAUUUGCUCCACAUUUAGCGCAUUUACCAACCACUAAUGGUGAACAAACUACAGGCGAUGGCCAAUUGAUCUUAUCUAAAUUGGGUGGAGAUUUGAUUGACAUGGGACAAAUCCAAGUUCACCCAACAGGGUUUAUAGAUCCGGAAGACAGAAAGAAUAAUAAAAAGUUUUUAGCUGCAGAAGCUUUAAGAGGACUUGGUGGAAUCUUGUUAAAUCAAAUUACGGGAAAAAGAUUUGUAAAUGAACUAGAUACUAGAGAUGAAGUCACGAAGGCUAUCCAAAAGUAUGGUCCAAGCAAUGAUAAUAGAGCUAUCAUUGUGUUAAGCGAAAAAGUUUACGAAAACUACAAAAAUAAUAUGAAUUUCUAUUUAUCAAAGAAGCUAUUAGUUAAGAUGAAGGUUAAAGAUUUAGUCAAACAUUAUGAUCUACCAAUUUCUGUUGGUGAAAUGACUAGAGAACUUGUCAAAUAUUCUACCGCAAAGAAGGAUGAGUUUGGACGUUCUCUUCGUAUCAAUACUUUUGGAGGCGAUGUAACUGGAGAAACAGAAGUAUAUGUUGGUGAAAUAACCCCAGUCAUUCAUUUCACCAUGGGUGGUGCUAGAAUUAAUGAAAGGGCAGAGGUAUUAAACUCUCGUGGCACUAGAACAGCAAGAGGUCUAUAUGCGGCGGGAGAAGUCUCUGGUGGGGUCCAUGGUGCAAACAGACUAGGUGGUUCUAGUUUGUUAGAAUGUGCUGUUUUUGGUAGAAUCGCUGGGAAUACUAUAGCUCUAGGUAACUAA